CGAAUCAAAACAAACGUCUUAUCAUGCAACAUCCAAAGUAACUUCGGAAAGUGCAAGAAAAAGUAUUAUGCGUGAUUUUAAUUUCAUAACUUUGUUUUAAAUUUAAAAAAUUACGCCUGGUUAAUCGGUGUCGCUUAAUCUGACGGAAAAUCAAGUGCUUACAAUGCUCAGUUUGAGCCAAAGACUGUCGCGGCGCUGCUUCUCGACGUUGCACAACUCGCGACGUAUUUUCCCCUUCCAAAGUUCUCGGUCCGCUCGAAUCACAGCCGUUUCGUUCCGGGGCAAGAAAGAUGACAGCAGCAGCCGGCUGUUUACGCCGGUCCCGAUUCGACCGAACCCGGACGAUAUCAACGUCGGAGCGGAGCUGACCGGUGGCGUCCUGGACAAGGCCGAAAUGCUCAAAAUGAUUCUGCAGUUCAGCAACAGGCGAGAGAUUCGAUUCUUGUGUUUGGAAAACGGGAUCGACUCGAAUCUGCAGUCGCAGGCGUUCACCAGCUUCCGGCGGUACUGCCUGGAGACGGACGCCCUGCCGGCGGAUCUGCACGUGGUGUUGAGUGAUAUAUUGCAGGGCGCUGGGCACGUGGACGACAUUUUCCCGUACUUUUUGCGCCACGUCAAGCAAAUCUUCCCCCAUCUGGAGUGUAUGGACGAUUUGAAGAAGAUUUCGGACCUGCGCCAACCGGCGAACUGGUAUCCGAGCGCUCGCGGCAUCAAUCGAAAGAUCAUCUUCCACUCGGGACCGACCAACUCGGGCAAGACGUACCACGCAAUGAAGCGUUUUCUGACGGCAAAGUCGGGCGUUUACUGCGGUCCGCUGAAGCUGCUGGCCAGCGAGGUGUACAACAAAAGCAACCAGCGGGGGACGCCGUGCGAUCUGGUGACCGGCGAGGAGCGCAAGUUUGCCGAUCCGCUCGGGAAUCCCUCGAAGCACGUGGCCUGCACGGUGGAGAUGACGUCGAUUACGACGCCUUACGAAGUGGCCGUCAUCGACGAAAUCCAGCUGCUUAAGGACGUGGGCCGGGGUUGGGCCUGGACGCGUGCCCUGCUCGGCCUGAUGGCGGAGGAAAUUCACGUGUGCGGCGAGCCGGGCACGCUCGAUCUGCUGCAAAAGAUGUGCGACACGACGCACGAAACGCUCGAGGUGCGCAACUACAAACGGUUGACGGCACUGCACAUCGAAGAUCACGCACUGCAAACGCUGGACAACGUUCGGCCGGGGGAUUGUAUCGUUUGCUUCAGCAAGAACGAUAUCUACACGGUGUCGAGGGAAAUCGAGGCGAGAGGACGGGAAGUGGCGGUCAUUUACGGUGGGUUGCCGCCGGGGACGAAGCUGGCGCAGGCGGCCAAGUUCAACGAUCCGGACAAUAGCUGCAAGGUGCUGGUGGCAACCGAUGCGAUCGGGAUGGGCCUUAAUUUGAGCAUUCGGCGGGUGAUUUUCUACUCGAUGAUCAAACCGACGGUGAAUCAGAAGGGGGAGAAGGAAAUGGACACGAUUUCAGUGUCGCAAGCAUUGCAGAUUGCCGGACGAGCUGGGCGGUACGGAAUGAAGUGGGACGAAGGAUACGUGACCACGUUCAAGCCGGAAGACUUGCCCACGCUGAAAAACAUUCUCGGGCAAACGCCCGAUCCGCUGACCCAAGCGGGACUCCAUCCGACUGCGGACAUGAUCGAACUGUACGCGUACCAUCUGCCAAACGCGACGCUCAGCAAUCUGAUGGAGAUUUUCGUUUCGCUCAGCAUCGUCGACGAUUCGCUGUACUUUAUGUGCAACACCGAAGACUUCAAGUUCCUCGCCGAAACCAUUCAGCACGUGCCACUUCCGCUCCGAGCGCGGUACAUCUUCUGCUGCGCCCCAAUCAACCGCCAAAUGCCGUUCGUCUGCUCAAUGUUCCUCAAAUACGCCCGACGCUACAGCAAAAACGAACCCGUCACCUUCGACUGGCUGUGCAACCAGUGCGGCUGGCCGUUCCAACUCCCGCGCACCAUCAUCGACCUCGUCCACCUGGAAGCCGUGUUCGACGUGCUCGACCUGUAUCUCUGGCUUAGCUAUCGCUUCCCGGAUCUCUUCCCCGACGAAAAGCUCGUCCGAGACAUCCAGAAGGAGCUCGACGACAUCAUCCAGCAGGGCGUGUUCCAGAUCACCAAGCUGCUGAAAAACUCCGAAACGGCCGUCUCGACCAACACCCCCGACGAGGACUCGUUCGUGAUGCGCCAGAAGAAGAGCAAAUACUACCGCGAGAAUGCCCCGCGGGGGAAACUGACGGAGCGACUGUUGGCGCAAGGACUGCUCACGCCGGCCAUGCUGCAGGAGUUGAAGGCCGAGUGGGACCAGGCGCAACCGUCGAAGGGCGGAGAUGAUGACGAUCUGGGAGGGAAAAAGGGCCGUCGGAAGACGAGGAAACCAAAGUGAGGAACGAUGGCGGUCGUUGAAUAAAGGGAUUUUAAUAGCCUAUGUUAAA